AUGCCUCAACAUUAUCGAGUUCAUCGUCAAUAUCCACUUGAUACAUUCUAUCCGAACUUUUUUUCUGCAGGUCAGGCAAUGGUUAAAUAUUGGGUAGCAACAUCGAGUGAUGAUAUUUAUGAUACGAAAGAGAUUAAUGAUUCGGGAUGGUCUUUGAUUGAAUUACCUUUUGAAAGUAAGGCUGUUUGGUUGGGAAAUAGAUUGUUAUUGUUUCAUACGACCCAAAAUUUGUUGGUUCUGAAUAGACAUGUUGCAUUGAAAGUGCUUCAUUCAUUCAAGGUGUUUCAUAUGCCAUUUGAGAAGGAUCAAUUAUCAUCAUCGGCUUGUCCUUUCUAUAUUUUUGAUAUUAGAAAGUUGGUUGAUAUUGGAUUUGAUGUGAGUGGAACUGAUCCUGAUUUAAAGUGUUAUGAUAUACAUCGGGUAGUUUGUGAUUCAUCAUGUUUUUAUUUUGAAAUGAUAAAUGGAAUAUUGAUCGUACUAAAGAGCGAUGAAGGAAAAUUGAUUAUUGAUACACGAUUUGUAAAGGACAGAAUCAAGUUAAUAGAGACAUCGCUUCAAUCAUCAAAGAUGGUAGUUUAUACAGAAGGUCACAAGCUGUAUUUUGAUUCAGAAAAUGUUCCUAUUGAUCAUAUUGAUUCACCAUUUAGAUUGAUUGCUGCUAGUCCUGUUAGUGUUGCAUUGGUGACUGAGGACAAUAGAUUCUAUCUUAAUGGAGAUGAUUCAAAUGGAACUUGUGGGGGUAUUCAAACAGGAGGUAACGAGUUGAAACUAGCUCUAAAACAAUUCUCACCAUCGGAAAGGAUUGCCAAUAUUAAAUGUGGAUAUAUUCACACUGUAAUUUUACUAGAAAAUGGUCAUGUAUGGGCAAGUGGAUACAAUGAUCUGAAACAAUGUGGUAUAGAAGGACCUGUCAAGGAAUUUACUGAAAUUGAGGAACGCUAUUACCAAUAUGGACAUUUCAGAAAGAUUAGGUCUACUUCGAGAGGAACAGUUUUAAUGUCAGACUCUGGGGCAGUAUUCAUAGGAGAGGUAGUUCACAAAUUCAAACAGUACAAGGAUAGAUACCUCUUUGAACCAUUCACCCCAGACUUUAAUGAGGUAGCAGGAGGAGGAUGGCAAUACGUUCUUUUUAAAAAGAAUGAAACAACCAAAUCUUUGAAUUAUUUCCUGAGUAAUUUGAAGCAAUUUGCAAGAGGAGAAUCGAAACAAGGCAACAGUGGUGAUGUUUUUUUUCAAGAUUGUCAGUUAAUCAUUCAAUAA